UCCAGCCUGGGCUCCAGGGAGGAUCGACUGAGCCCCGCCCUGGGCAAUGGAGAAGGCCCCCGUCAAAAGCAAAAAUGAAAAAGGACCCAGCUUGAAGGCCAAGGUGUCUGUACACAGCUUGAACAAAAUGAGGCAGACCAAACUCACCGUGGGCAGCCUGGGAUUGGGCCUGAUCAUCAUCCAGAAUGGACCUUACCUCCAGAUUAGUCACCUCAUCAAUAAAGGGGCUGCAGCCACUGACGGGAUACUCCAGCCAGGUGAUGUUCUGGUUAGUGUUGGGCAUGCCAACGUGUUAGGCUAUACCCUCCGUGAAUUGUUAAAGCUUUUGCAAAAUAUCACCAUAGGAACAGUGCUGCAAAUCAAGGCUUACAGAGACUUUAUUGACAUACCCCAGGAGUGGCAAGACGUGUAUGAUUUAAUCCCCGAGACCAAAUUUCCAGUCCCAUACACACCAAAGAAAACAAAGGAGAAAGCAAAAGAUGAGCCUUCUGCAAGCAGAGAUGACCAUGAAGAUGUCGUUUUAGAUAAAAGACUGAAGUAUUACAGAUAUCCUCGGUCAGUCUGGAAUCACCCUGUGAGGACACCAAUAUCAAUCUCCACAGAAUGGCAUGGAUAUAAAAAGGAGCACACUAUUAGUGUUGGUAAAGAUGUUAAUUGUGAUGUAGUAAUUCACAAAGACAACAAGACAAAACCGAGGGCCCCUUCUCCAUACUGGACAAUGGUGGAGCACGACAAAGUCAUCUCUUCCUCCUCCUCAUCCUCCUCCAACUCAGAUGCCUUUUGGCUGGAAGACUGUGCACAGGUUGAGCAGGGUGAAGGUCAGCAGGUAUCAAAGUUUGGUUAGGCAUUGGUUUGCAAAUCUGUGGCCACAGGAAUUUUUAAAUAUCCAAUUUUUGUGCCUUACUAUGUAUAGGUUUGUAGAAUUCCUACAGCUCUUUCAGGACAGUAGAAAAAAAGCCUUCGUAGACUUUUUUCAGGUAAUAGCUUAGGACUUCUUCCCUGUGGUCUAGCAGGCUCCACAGAUAUGUUCCCAGACUCACACCAUCAUUUCCUCAGCUUUUUAACAUCAAGUACAAACCCAAUCACCAGAACGCUGACUAUUUAUCUUUUUAAUGUGAAGUUUUCUUUGCAUGUUUCUGGACUGGUUGUUUACCCUACAAUCCUGUUCCCAACCUUUAAGUGACAAUUUUACUUGGAAUAUUGGGUUGAGAAUUAUUUAAAGGAGACAAGACUGAAACAGGUGAGCUAGAGACACAGAGAAAAAUACUGUCACAGAGAAGGAAAG